UCACACUUUCACCCAACCCUCUAGAACAUCUUAGACGACGACGAGCGAUGCAGGGCUUUGACUCAAUCACCCCCCUCUGGGACUUUUCCCAGUCAGAUCCCUCCCAUUUCGCCAAUCUCGCAGACGACGACUUUCUUGCUAUGCUUUCUAAGCAGUUCGGGACAGACGCAUCUCUCCCCAACCAGUCCCUUGACUCCUUUACGCUCCCAGAAUCUGCCAUAGAUCCAUCCAAACUCACCAACCUUCCCGCUCCUGUCCCUCCCCCGCCCCUUUCAGAUGAUUCUUCUCCCAGUCCACCAUCUAUGAACGACUCUGGCUCUCGUAGGCAGUCUGCCGUCUACGGCGACGAUCGGGAGGAUAGUCUUAAGCGCAAGGCUAGCGACGACGAAGAUUUCGAGGAAGGGCCAAGCCACAAGAAUCCUCACCUUUCUUCUAACAAGAAGUCAACGUCUUCUCGGAGGAAAUCGACCGGCAACCCUGACAAGGAUGAGUCGCGCCUCCUGAAGCGCAAGGAACAAAACCGUGCCGCCCAGCGUGCAUUCAGAGAACGGAAGGAGAAACACGUCAAAGACCUUGAGGACAAAGUCGCAGAGCUCGAGUCGAAGAACGAGAUGUCCCAAACCGAAAACUCGCACCUUCGAGAACUUCUUCGUCGCCUCCAGGACGAGAAUCUUAUACUGAAGCAAUCCACCUUCACGUUCUCUGUUCCAAGACCCUCUGCCGGCGAGAGCCAGAACUUCCAGAACGUCGCCACAACCUCCUUCAACAAUCUCGGUGACAAUGGAUCACAACAUGCCUCAUCCAGCUCAUCGCCGCCUUCGGGCUCGGCGUCGAAGCCGGCGACACCCAAUGUGCCAAACUCCCUCGACGGGCCAUCAACAUUCCCCGCCGAUAUAGACUUCGGCUCGCUGACACCGUUCGAUUCGUCGAUGAUGAACCUUCUCGACGACAACAAUAAUGGUCAAGAGCCCAUGUUGUACGACUUUGGAGGUUUUGGUCAAGGCGUCCCCUCCACUCAGACCGCUUACAAGACCAUCGCCAGCAAUCCUCAAUACAUGUCCUUCGUUGACCCUAUGCCUGAGAACAACCAGACGCUCAGCACAAUCAACAAGCCAGCUUCGUCGAGUUCUUCGAAUAGCGGCCAGAGUCCGUUUGACUUCUUCAACUGGUCAUCGCCUGCACGUUCACAAACGGGCACCUCGACUCAUUCAAGCGGAGGGGGCUCGUUGGAUGAGCUCUUUGGUGGCAAUCUCUUCGGUCAGGCUCAGAGCCCAGUCGACUUCACCGUCCUCAUGAAAAGUCCGUCGCCAUUAUCUGUUAGCCCCGUCAUGCAUCGUUCGCCACCAUCAGCGUCCGCUACUCCAUCGAGCGCCGCAGGCAAUUCACCUCCGACCGACAAACUCUCACACGAGUCGUCGCCAUCAUGUGGCACAGCAUCGGGAGAAUGUCCGAAGACCAAGGCCGAACUCGAGAAGCACAUCUCCACCGCAGGCAGCUCGAUGUUCGCGCCUCCUGCGCCUCCCGAGCCGCCUGCCGUGCGCAAGUCGACGCUUCCGGAGACGGGAGCGCCGAUGAUCAUGUGCAAGGGCGCUACGUUCCCUCCAACGGAGGUAAGCGACGACAAUAUCGAGGUAUUGAGUGCUUGGAGAAGCAUAACUUCACAUCCACAGUUCAAGACUUCGAACGUGGACAUUAACGAACUCUGCUCAGCUUUCACGAGCAAGGCACGGUGCGACGGGACUAAAGUCGUCCUCGAUCAGCAGGGCGUCAAUUCGAUCCUGGAGAGGCUUUCAGGGAAGCCCUCGCCAUAGGGUUUCAUCUGCUUUUUCCGGCCUUUGAUCCCUCGUUUUUAUCGUUGCUUUUUUACUACGGUCUCUUGUAUUCAGGUAGUGACUCGCUUCAUUGCACUCCAUUUUCACAUCUUAUCCCUCAUCGUUCCAGGUUCAGCUGUGCGUUUGUUUGAAAUCCUUCUAUGGCUCCAUCGUUUUGGCCUUGUGGGUCAUCUUAGCAUCGACUCAGUCAUAAACUACUCCUGGCGGAAGCCGUCGAAAAGUUUGCGGUCAAACUCAUAGGACUCGUUUUCGUCUUCGUUGUAUAUCUUUACCUUUCUUCGCCGUUGUAUUGGUACGAAGAUCUUUUCUCCCGUCGCACCGCCAUAGCUGCGUCCGACUCACGACCGAAAUAUCGUUAUCGUGUACACCACAUCACAUCCCCGCCCCACCUCUCUAUCCUUGUCUUCUUUAUUGUUUUCAUUGCCGUC